AUGCCUGGACUGUCGCUCCGCGGUCCAAGGCCCGCGAAAUUGCGGGCGAUUAUCCUAGCGGCCCUGUUCAUCAGCAAUCCCCUCGCCGUCCAGGGCCUGAGAACCACAUCGGGCUCUCCCUGCGCAGAACAGUGCAGCAAAUCGGGGGGGUCAUCCUCAAACACCACCGUCUCCGAGAUUGUUUGUCUAGACUCGCACUAUAAUCAGACCAAAGGUCGCGAUUUCGAAGACUGCAUCAAGUGCGAGUUGGAAAGCACCUACGUCGAUCGUCCAUCGGGGGAAACCGAUGUCAACUGGGGUCUCUUUAACCUCCGUUUCGCUUUCACGACGUGUGUCUUCGGGUAUCCCGCAGUGAUCACAAAUCAAACCUCGCAAUGCCCAGUCGCAUGCGCGGGGAUCCAACCCGCUGUAGAAGUCGACCUGUUAGACCCUAGCGCGAACAAUUUCCAAAACUGGUGCAAGAGUACCGCGUUCGCCGACAACGUCGUCAACACCUGCGAGUUCUGCUAUAACCUGACCUCCGAAGCCGUGAACCCCGGCACAACCGGCGCGCAGGUAUACCUUGGAAACUUCCUCGAAUCCAUUCGCUACAACUGCCACUACAGCACAACAAUCGGCUCCACAUUCGACAUCUCCCCCUCCCGGAUCUUCACCGAAGUCCUCCUGCCCUCCUCAAUGUCCCUCUCCACGCCAACUGCCUCCUCAAGCGGCGUAAAUCUAGGCGUGGUCAUCGCCCUCCCAAUCCUAGGCUUCAUAAUCAUCCUCAUUGCACUAGCCACAUGCUGCUUCUUCUUCAUCCGGUAUCGUCGCAAGCGCGUCCGCCGGAACCGCUACCAAAGCCAUCUGUACGAACGUUGGAAUGAUACCACCAUCGGCACCCCGCAACAGAGCCAGGGUGUCUGGGGCUGGGCGGGUCAGCCCGCGUACUCUGAUAAUGACCAGGCGGCAGCGGCGUAUGGGUAUGGGUCGGGCUUCGGGUUUGUUGAUAAUGAUGGGCAUGCUCGUGAGGUUGGGUAUGGGUAUGACCACUCGCAGACUAAGACUGGGUUCCAGCAUGGAAUUAGUGAGGCGCCGUUGCCUCAGACGGGGCCGCCUGGUAUUAAUAUUUCUGAGGCUGGGCAUGGAUAUCCGCCUGAUCAAAAGCAUGCUCUCUAG